AGCAGAAUUUUAUAACCCUAAUGAAAGAGCUACUCACCUAUAAAAGCGAAUGUUUUGUUCAUUCUUGAUACAAAUAUAAUUGGAAUUGUAACAAGUAAUUUAAAAAUAUCGAUAACCAUCUUGCACCAAGCUUUAUGAUCUUAUUCAAAACUUGAUAUACAACUAUGUCUACUAUAAUGAAAGUUUUCAAACUUAAUUCCUUUUCAGUACAUUAGUACAGUUUGUGAUGUUAACUUUUAUUUGAAAGAUACUCCAUAUACUUAUGAUAGCAUAGGAUUGAUCGUUUAACUUGAAGUAGCAUAUUCUGAAAGAACCACACAACAAAUACCGGUUUGUCCCUAACAAUCGCAUUACAGGCCUGGCAGAAGAUAAGCUUGUAUUAUUUUUUUCAUUACUUUACGGAUUCUAGAAAUGCAAUAAAGCAAAGUAUAGAACAUUUAUAGACAGUUGCACAUGGCAUUCAAAUGGUUAGUUUCGCAAAAUACCCAAAACGUUGCUAAAGUACAUCUCACAUUACCGACGACGCUUGUAAUCCAUAGAAGUUAUUCUCAUGGUUCCCAAUGGCGCCCUAAAAGUUAUGGUAACCUGAGGUUCCAACGUUUUGCUUCGAAUGUGGCAUCUUUGAAGGCUGCUCAACAAGAGUUGGAUCAAAGAAUAAAACAAUUAGAAGGAAACUUGGAAACAAUAAGGAAAAAUCAACUUAAUAAAUUGCAUUUUCCUCGCUUUUCUGAACAGGACAUAGAGCAAGCUCUUUAUUCUAUCGAACAACAAGAGGAAUCCGAUAGUAAUAGUACAACACUGAAUGUUCAAAAGAGUUUACCUGGUGCUGCUUUUUAUUUGGGUCCUGUUUUAUCGAAAAGACUGCAGCUUGAUCACUACGAGAAUGAGGUAUUAAAUUCUCUUGUGGUUGUAGAAAAAGAUUCUCAAAAUUUGAAUCUCGUUGGAAAAAGCAAGGGAAAGCUUAAAGCGUGGAAUAAGAAAGUUCUUGCUCUGCUGGCUGAUCCCAAUUGUUUCCAGGGAGUCUCAAAGUCACAAAUAGAAAACUUUGUUAAGAUAAUUCCUACUACAUUAAAGGUGGGAUAUAUGGAGCAGAUUCUCAAGAACUUGGAAAACUCAAAUUUAGGUGUUUGGCACGAAUUAUGCUAUCAAUUCAUGGUUGCCUGUAAUGGAAAGAGAUUGUUUUCCAAAUCCUUAAAACUUUUGGAGCAAUACAAAAAAACUGAUUCUAAUGUACAUUCAGAUUUAUGCCAUGCAGAAGCAUUCGCAUUAAGUCGACUUGGACUCUACAGCGAACUACCGAAGUUAAUUAAUCUUUAUCAAACGGAAGUUAAAGAAUUUGAACAUUCUUUUUUUAGUCUUUGCUUAGGAUCUUUCUGCAAAGCUCAGAUGACAUCGCAAGCAUUUUCUCUGUUCGACUUUAUGAAAUUUGUGUCAGUCAACACAGCUCCAAAUGAAAACGACUAUAACUCUUUAAUUCAUCUUUGUGCUGUCCAGAAAAAACCAGAAAAAGCUCUUGAAUUAUACAAUGAUAUGACUAAACGGCCUAUUAAUCCGUUAAGACCAACCGAGCUUACGAUUAAUAAUCUAAUCCAUGCUUUGUCUACACAAAAAAUUUAUCAUCCCCUUGCAUUUGCUUACUUGUCAGAAUUCACGAAAUUUGGUUUAGCCGCAAAUGCACAAACAUCAUAUGAGCUUUUACGGUUGGCUGCUCAAAGCGGUAACAUAAAUGCCUUAAAGAAUUUAUAUAAUCAAUACUGGAUUGACAAUCCAAUUCUUCCUAAGAUUUGCAGCGUUGAAAGAUUGUUUAAUUUCGCUUACAAGGCUUAUGCAAAUACCACCACGGAGGAGUCUUUGGUCAUUCCUAGUUUAGAUAGAAUCCGGGAAAAUGCUAUCAGAAAUUUAGAUGAAGGUGAACGAUCACCUUUUGGUUCGCGAAAUAUUAGUACAAAAUCGGAUUUAUUCUAUGCUGCUGUAUUUACACGCGAGUACACAAAAAAAUAUCACCCGGAGAUAGUUACCAAAACGAGUUUAUCAUUUUUGAAUGUAUUUUCCACCCAACAAAAUUUAGAACUUUUUAAGGGUGUUUAUUCAACGGAAUUUUCUCAGCCGGACUCCUCUGAAAAAACUCAGUUGGAAAACAAUUUUAUUACACAAAGGAAUAUAAUUGCCUACUAUUUUGCAAUAUAUGUUUCUUUACAUUGCGAUAACUUUGUUUUUGGAUACAGUACAUGGCAAGAAUAUUACUUGCAUAAAGACAUGGGUAUUAUUCCUCCUGAUCUCAAGGGAUAUGAACAAAAGAUAACUACUCUCAUGAUCUCUCUAUUUUCUAAACACGGUUACUUGGAAUUAGCGAGGAAGUUAUUAAUAGCUAGUCUCAAUGAAGGAUGGGAAUGGACCCCUCGUUCAUUGGGAUAUUUAAGGAAACUUGCUAGUCUAAAGAAGGAUCAAGCAACUGUACAACUAAUUGACGGUAUUACUGGGACGCAAAUUUUGACUUAGAGACGGAUAGAUUAUCAGUUUAUUUGUAUUUAAAAAAAUAAAUACUUAGUAUGUAUUUCUGAAUUUAG